GUCCGACAUAAAACAAGAAAGUUCAACGAAAAUUCCAUUAUACAUGCAAUUUACGUAGUUUAAAGAUACUAUACCAUCGUUUCCUGUACAAGUAAAUGUUAAAAUUGUGAUAAAUAAUGUGCGACUCUGAAAACAUACAACUAAGAACUGUGGAACAUUCAAUCCCCAUCGAUAUAUUGAAUGACCUAUUGACGAGGUUUUUAAUAUUCGUGCCAGAAUCUGCCAAACAAAACUUGAUUAGGAUAUGUUUCCAAAUUGAGUUGGCCCAUUGGUUUUAUCUGGAUUUUUAUGUAAACAAUGACCCAAAACUCAAGUCUUGCACUAUAUACGAGUUUGCUGCCCAUGUUUUUCAACACAUACCAUUUUUACAAGGGGAGAGCCACAAAUUGAAUGAAAUUCUAGCGGAAUGGAAGGAGUACAAGCAAAGUGUACCAACCUAUGGUGCUAUUAUAGUUUCUGAGGGAAUGAGUCAUGUACUGUUGGUUCAAAGUUACUGGGCCAAAUCUUCCUGGGGCUUUCCCAAGGGUAAAGUAAACGAAGAAGAAGAUCCUGCCCAUUGUGCUGUACGAGAGGUUUUAGAAGAAACAGGUUUUGAUAUAAGCAAUUACAUUGAUCCAAAUGAAUUUCUUGAGUCAAUAAUCAACGAUCAGCUUGUAAGGUUGUAUAUUGUAAGGAAUGUACCUUUAAACACAAAGUUUGAACCGAAAACUAGGUGUGAGAUCAAAGCAUGCACAUGGUUUUUAAUUAACGAUUUGCCAAAUAACAAAAAAGAUUCAACGCCAAAGGUUAAGAUGGGUGUCAGCCCCAAUUCGUUUUUUAUGGUAUUGCCAUUUGUUAAAAGACUAAAACAGAUUUGUAACCAUAAUGGUAGUGUAACCAAGAGGUUACGUCGUAAAUCAGCCAGUAUCAGUGAAGGGGAAUGUAAUCCUUCCAAAAACAAGUCCAUCAUUUUAAAUAAAAAGUCUGAGAAUGAUGAUAUUAAGCAUAUUAAAAAACGGCAGGAAAAAAAUACCCCAAAACAACUAUGCACUAAACGUAAACUAUUUCCAGAGAAUCAAAGACCAAUAGAACAGUUUUGCGCUCCAUCAUGGCUUAACUUUAGAUUUGAUAAAACCGCAAUUUUGGAAUGCAUGCCAUAAGUUGUACGAUUUUAAUUACUUUAUUUGCAAUACUUUGUAAUUGUGAUAUUCUACUUGCCAUUUUCUGGAAACAAAAUGUAUUAUUUAUUGCACCAAGAGUACAUCAGACUUGCAAAUAUUAUUUAAACAAGCAUGAUCUGAUUACUGGGUGCACCAAAAGUAAUAUUUCUCUAUUGGCAGUCACUUAAACAUUUUACAAAUGUUGCAUUGUAUUUUUUUUACAAUUUGUUAUGUAUAAUUUAGCUCAUUGUCGUCUUAAAAUUAUAACUUACAUAUAAAAUUGUAACUUUCCAAAAGUUGCCUUUUAGAAUUUUUACAAAACAGUAAAGUUUUGUUCUUAAUAUUUUCUAAGAGCCACCCAUACACUAUACAUUAAAUAAGUUGUGAUAUUGAGGUGACAAUAUAAGUAAAUCUUUUUUACAAGCAAUUAUAUUUUUUCAGUAUAAUGAUUAAUAAAGUUUUCUUGUUUAAUAUUGGUUUUAGAGUGGUUUUAUGUGGUGGUUGUAUUUUUUUUUAUUAAAUUUUUGUUUUUUUAUAAGCCACUUUGGUCAGUAAAUUAUUUUUAUUAUCAGA